AUGUUACACACGCUGUCCGCGCCCAAACACAGUGCAGCGAGGCCAGCAGAGACUUGGCUCAGCAAAGGGGACACUUUAACUUGUGCAUUAUGGCCUGACGUGUUUACGGAGUACCGCGUGGAAUACCUGGGUGUUAUUGUGCGGAUAUGCCAGUGCAGGCACUCUGCGGCCACCAUGGAAUACUUGGACCUCUCUGAGGUUGGCUGUGCAGACCCGUGGGUCGCGCCACUCGCUGCGCUGGGCACAGAUGGCGGCGGCGCCACCGCUUCACGGCUGACACAUCUGGAUCUAAGCCGUACAUCAGUACGAGCGGAAGACCUGGCAUAUCUACAGUGCGCACCGGAUCUGGAAAGGCUUGUGGCGGCGGGUUGCCGAGCAGCGGGCAGCACUCCGGGUGCCGCGGCGCUGGUGGCGGCGGGGCUGCAGCAACUGAAGGACUUGAACUUGUCCUCGUGCUCCGUGACGGACUCCGCCGUAUCCUGGCUACAGCAACUCACCGCCCUCACCAACCUCAACCUGUCCGACAACACAGACCUCACCUUGGCGCCCACCACGCGCACAUCCGAACCAACGCCCGGGCCGGCUCGGCCCCAGCUACAGCCACCGCUUCAGCCACCACAGCCACCGGCACUUCCUGACCUAGCCGCCCCGGUGGAUGUGUGGGCAGCGGUGCCGGACGCCCGCCCGGGACAUGGCGAUGGCGGCUACGUCGAGGAACCUGCGCGGGCGCAGCUGGGUCCUACACGCCAGGGUCUAGCAAUUGCAGCUGCUGCCGCACCGCAGGCUAUGGCCGCCGCGGCCGAUUCAGGAGCAGCAAUUGGCAGCACCAGCAGCAGCAACACGAGGGGCUGCCGUGACAUGGAAAGAGAAACGGGAGGCUGCAGCAGUACGACAUGCUCUUCGUCAGGCACUAGCGGUGAUGGAAACAACGGUGACGGCGGCGGGGUCGUAUGGCCGCGGCUGCGGCGGCUCAACUUGCUCGGAACUCGGGUCGGCGAGGCGGGAUUUCGUGCUCUGCUUAUGGGCGACCGUGGCAGAGGCGGUGGUGGAAAUCUGGGGCUUCUGGAGCAGCUCAAAGCGGGCGGGCCAGGGCUGACCGAUGGCACGAUGGCGGUCCUGGCAGCGGCAGAGCUGCCCAGCCUGCACAGCCUUCUUCUGCGGGAUGCCCAAUUGACGGGCCACGGUUUGCUGCUGUUAUCGACCGGCCUGCCGUCAUUGCGGCGACUGGAGCUUCAGGCCUGCUGGCUGGUCUCGGAGCAAGACGCAGCGCGUCUGGCAGCGUCUUGCAGGCCAGGCGCCCUCGUUGUGGUCAACGGCAAGGCUGCGGCGGCGGCAUCAUCGCGGGUUACGGCAGCAAGGGCGUCACCGUCGUCCCCACCUUCAGCAUCAAAGGGCUUUGGUCGCGGCGCCACCGCAUCGGCAGCGGGGAGCCAGCAGAGUCGAGGCGCUGCAGGUGGCUGUAUAGGCAAUGCUGCUGCGUUAUCCGGAGACUACUUGUCGCGCUUUGACCAGCGGAUACGGUAUGACAGCAGAAUGUUGCUGCGCCUGGCGGCAUCGCCGCUUGUCACGGGCGGGGCCAGCAGCAGCGAGGGGGAGCAGGGCAGGGGUUUAACUGGGGGCGGUAGCUGGGAGCCCCUGUGGGCGGAUUUGCCUUCCGGAAUGCGCCGAUGA